AAGGUUGCCCAGAUAAUAAUCUUACCUUUAGAUUUUAUAAGAGGUAAAUUUACUCUAUUUUUUAAAUUAACGUAGGUAAACCGGUAAACGUGUUCUGCUGAGCGUAAAAUUUUCCAUGUUACGCACUGUUAAGAUAGAGACAACACAUGCGAGUAUCACGUCAUCUAAAUACAUUGCAAUUUGCCAUUAGUUAUUAUUUAACAAGAAGUUCCAUAACUGCAUGGAUUCUUCUCUCAAGCCUCCAACCCAUCAACUCCCACAGCGUUUGUACUCAUUGUAAAAAAAUAAAUUUACAGAUUGUACCUAUAAUAAAUUAAUGUAACACAAAAAAAAAAAUGUCAUUGCCCAAAACAUCUGGCCAGACACAGCUGUUACCUAUACGAUAUAAUUAUUAUUUGUGGUAUAAGGUCUAUGGUUUAUAAAUACACCUUGGUGAUAACAAUUAUUUUACAUAUUUUUAGGUUAGGUUCGAUAUAAGAACUCUAGAUAAAUUUUCAUCUCGUCAUUUUAGUAACAAACUGUCCGUCUGUCUAAUCAGUAUUCCUUAUUGAGAUUUGACAUUUCAUAUUUAAGUAUUUUUACUUUAUUAAUUUCAAAUUGCAAAUUGCAAUAUGGAUACAAUUAUUGAUAGAGGAGCACCGAAAGCUCGUAAUUUUGAACCAUAUGCAAGUAAUGGAGGUUCAAUUGUUGCCAUCAGUGGUAAGGAUUUUGCAAUUGUUGCUUCUGAUACUCGUCUUAGUGAAGGAUAUAUGAUUUAUACACGUAAACAAUCAAAGUUAUUCCAACUGUCCGACAAAUCGGUUCUCGGGUGCACAGGAUGUUGGUGUGACACAUUAUCACUGACCAAUAUUAUUCAGUCUCAAUUGAAGUCAUAUUUGUAUGAUCACAACACAAUAAUGCAGCCUAAUUCUAUUGCUCAAUUGCUAUCUACCCUGUUGUAUAGCAGACGUUUCUUCCCGUACUAUGUGUACAAUGUACUUGCUGGACUCGAUAUCAAUGGUGAAGGUUGUUUGUACAGUUAUGAUCCUGUAGGUCAUUGUGAAAAAGUUAAUUACACUGCUGGUGGCAGUUCUGGUGUUCUCAUGCAACCUUUUUUGGAUAGUUGGUUGGGAAACAGAACUGCAGAGAACCCUGUUACUGAAGAAGAAGCACUGAGCUUGGUUAAAGAUGCAUUUACUGCAGCUGGAGAACGUGAUAUAUACACUGGAGAUGAAGUAGUAUAUAACAUAAUUAAGAAAAAUGGAAUCAAGACAGGCGUGGUUCAACUUCGUAAAGAUUAAAUUUUUAAUGAUAUUAAAAUGCUUCAGUUCUUUUUUUUUUUUAUACAUUUAAAUACACUUAUACAAUAUAAUAAAUUAUAUUUUAAUUAAAUAAUUACAUUAUAUUGUAUUUAAUGGAAUAAUAAAAUAAUUUGGCAA